GACAUCUGUGCCGGUUCACUUGUGUCUUUUUGGCAUCUUUCAAGAAAGCAUUUCCUGGCCCUUCUCCAUCUAUGACUAAAGGUUCUACCAUAUCCUCGCCUCUUUUCCAGUUUCAAAAGAUGGGCUCAUUCCGGAGACCCCGGCCACGCUUCAUGAGUUCCCCAGUUCUGACUGACUUGCCACGUUUUCUGGCAUCUCGGCAGUCUCUGAAUCUCAGUUCAAAUUCUGCAUGGAACAGCGUUCAAACAGCAGUGAUCAAUGUGUUCAAAGGGGGAGGCUUGCAAAGCAAUGAACUCUACACCCUCAAUGAACAUGUCAGACGGUUGUUGAAGAGUGAACUUGGAUCCUUCAUCACAGACUACUUCCAGAACCAGCUCCUUGCGAAGGGCUUGCUGUUCAUUGAGGAGAAGCUCAAUCUUUGUGAAGGAGAGAAUCGCAUCCAUAUAUUAUCUGAUAUUUGGGAUCACUUCUUCACAGAGACUCUUCCCACCCUCCAGGCUAUCUUUUAUCCUGUUCAGGGCCAAGAAUUAACUAUUCGCCAAAUUUCCCUGCUUGGCUUCAGAGACUUAGUCUUAUUAAGAGUGAAGCUGGAUGAGAUUCUUCCUCUGGUUCAAACCAAGGUCCCUCCUUCCAUUGUCCAGAUGCUGCUAAUUUUACAGGGAGUCCAUGAGCCCACAGGUCCCAGUAAGGCCUUCAUGCAGUUGGAGGAGCUUGUUAAGCAGGUGGUCUCCCCAUACCUUGAUCUGUGUGAAGAACACUGCUUUCCUGGCAGCACCUGCGCCCUGGAGAGAAGAUACUAUCGACCUCGUCCCAACGGACUGAGCUUCUCUUCUCAUCCCGUGGCAGCCCGCCAGGCCAGUGAGACUGCCUUGACACCCCUGACAGAGCAAGAGGGAGAGGCGUAUCUUGAGAAAUGUGGAAGCAUCCGUCGGCACACUGUUGCUAAUGCUCAUUCGGAUAUCCAGCUGUUGGCCAUGGCUUCUAUGAUGCACUCGGGUAUGGUGGUAGAAGAACCAGACAAUGGGGACAAAUGCCUUCUCCUGCAGCCCAGCUUAAACCACAGACAGUGCGCGAGUGAGCCCAGCAUAGCAGAUGGGCCAGAAGUACUGGGGACAGCAGCUAUGCAGGAGCCUUCGGAACUCAGCUGUACAUCAGUCUGCUAA